GAAUGAGGUAGCCUUGUCGCAUAAGCCACAUUACCUCAGACUAGGUGCAGAUACAAAUGUGGCGUCGACCGAGGUUCUUCCGCCCAAAUGUCCGCGAUUCGGAGGUGGAAUUUCCAGCUCCCGGCAGCUCUCCGAAAUUUUUGGGAAGACGUCAACGCCAACGCCAGAAACGACUACGGUUUAUUGAUUAUCAGCCUCGAGCUUUGAAACAUUCGGUUGAGCUACAUCGUUUUGUUGUGUAACUAUCUCAAGUUCAUUUAUUACACUUCCUCGAUUUAAUCCAAGAUGUUUGCCCUUUCCGAGGAGUCCAAGGAGCGCAUUGCCAAGCUCAUUGACGUUUCCCGCGUCGCCAUUCACUAUGGCUAUCUUCCUCUGAUCCUCUAUCUUGGCUACACCCGAAGCGAGCCCCGACCUUCAGUCAUCCGCCUUCUCUCUCCCCUCUCCUAAGCAAGGAGCAGUUCUACAGCUAUACGAAACAUAACAGUGUACAUUAUCUUGUGAAGAUGCUUUUCGAGGGAGAAAGGGACAACUACUACCAGCAUUCAUGGCGUUGGGACAAGGCGUGGUAAAAUUCGACGACGACCGCAGAUAUGCUUGGGAGGAGGGGUUGACUGUGUACGAAUGAGUGUGAAAAAUCACCAUGUAUCAUCUUGCAACGCUAUGAAGCCCAGAAUAAGGGAAUACCACUCAUAAUUAAAUCUUGUCACAUAAUACUCCUUCAAUGAAAAUUUGACCGUGUGAAUUUCGGUUUGAUGCGGCAGAAGACGCAAGAAUUGCUCUGGUGACGUCGAAACCUCGGCCGAGCUUCCGUAGCUUUGAGA